AUGGCCGCCAACGAGAACCCCCCGUCCGACCCGUCAGGGAAUUUAAGCCCCAAAGACGAUCCCGUAUCCACCGCCACCACCGCCGCCGCCUCCCCCCAAGAACCGCACCCUCAAUCCCAACCGUUGGCCUUUACGUCUGCCCCGGAGCCAGUAGAGGCUGCAGAUGCUCCUGCACCGUCCACUUCAGAAUCCCAAACCAACACCGUGGCCCCCACGGAGUCGCAACCCCCGACCGCCACCGAGGGACCCGCUGCCCCCGUCGAGGCCAAAGAGGUCCAACAGGGAAAUGUCGAUACUCUCCCCACAAACAUUGCAUCGUCCGCGGAUGCGGGUGAGCCCAAGGUAGAGGCCCUCACUCAACACUCGUCACAGUCGUCGGAAACGUCCGCAAAAGAGACGGAGGAUUCUGGACCGUCUCUGGUGAUCACAUUACUCCUGAUUACGGGCUCGCGGCAUCCGUUCAAGAUUGAUGGAAAGUACCUACGGAAACGCUCGGUCAAUGUCGAGAAUUACGAUCCGUUUGCGAUGAGUGUGUAUACUCUGAAAGAAUUAAUCUGGCGGGAGUGGCGACAGGAUUGGGAACCGCGACCAUCGUCGCCCAGCUCUAUUCGAUUGAUUUCCUUUGGGAAGCUUCUGGAUGAUAAAGCCCCUCUGUCCGACUCUAAGUUCAGUCGGGAUGCCCCGAAUGUGGUACACAUGACGGUGAAGCCUCAAGAACUUAUCGAUGAGGAAGAUGCAAAAGGCACCAAGGCCCAGUAUACCCGAGAACGAGAGUCCAGCGAACGCAGCCCUGGCUGCCGCUGUGUCAUUCAAUAA